AACCAAGUGUGGGUGGAAGGACUUCUGAUAAAGGUGGUAAAAUCUCUUCAUGAGCGUUCAGCUCCGAAGGUAUCCUAUAUCUACACGAUGUCUGGAUUUAUCCAUUGUCUCCUGAGCUUCUGUAUCCUAGGAUACAUUUGCUACAGUUCCAGGGCUUGGCAUGUUGAGAUGCCAAGCAAUAUGAAAGCAUUGUUGGGCUCCUGCCUUGUCAUCCCAUGCACUUAUGACUACUAUCAGUAUCCACCCCAUAAUCCAUCUCGAGUGGUUUGGUACCAGUAUCGUGAUCGUGGUUAUCCUUUGGUUUAUGAUGACUGGUACCCGAACGAUGUCAUUCGCAAAUUUCGGGGAAGAACAUUUAGAGUUUAUGUUUCAGACACCAAGCAAUGCAGUCUUCAAAUCUUCCCAGUGCACUGGUCUGAUCACAGAGAGAAGAUUUACCCCUGGGUAGAUCCAGAGAAUGUUGGGAAAAGCACCUAUCGAUUCUUUGAUAAGACUGUUACAAUUCAAGUCGUUGGGCGGGCAGAGAAACCAGUUAUUACAUUCACUGGCAACAGGAAGGUUGGACAGACUGUAACAGUGAUGUGCACUGUUUAUCACACCUGUCGCACCUUUCCACCCACCCUGAGACUCAACAUCCCCACGCAAGGCAACAAACCAACUCAUUACUCAAGGUCCGAUGGCACGACUGAAACGACUUUGACGGCCACAUUGAACAUAAAGAGUGACCUCCAAGAAGUGGAGUGCACCGUAUCUUAUACAGGCGGUGUCACUGAAAGGGCCUCUCAAACUUUAAAGGCAGAAUGCUCCUUUUUCCCAUUGACCAUCCAACCUACAUCCCAAGAAUUUCUUGAGGGCCAAGCAAGCAAAGUUACCUGCACUGCUGAGUACACAUGCCCAAAACAUCUGCCAAAAUUCACCUGGAGCUAUGGGGGCACGACAGACUCCCCUCAAAUCAGCAGAAUUGGGGAUGCUCAUUGGAGGGCUGUCUCCACACUGACAUUGACAACAUCAGCUAACGACAACGGAAGAUAUCUGAAAUGCACUGCAGAAUUCACUGGCAGCCAGAGGCAGGCAGUGGGCAUCUACUUGCGUGUAAAGAGGAAUAUGCUCUCCCGCGGUUGGUCCUUCAAUUCCCCUGGCAGCAUCACAGGCAUGAGAGGCUCAUGUAUCAUCAUUCCUUGCAGUUUCACCUACAGUACCGAUCGUCCCACUGGCCUCCGAGUUAUAUGGUACUUGUACCAGAGCAGUGGGUACCCACCUGUAUUUGACGCAAGCCAGAGUGCUGCUGGCGAAUUCAGAGGCAUAACCAGCUUGAUUGGAUCUGUGGAUGGCGGGAAUUGUAGUCUCAAGUUUGAGAGGCUGGACAUGUCGCACAACAAGGACAGACUUUACCCCUGGGUAGACAAGAACCCUAUUACCUCCUACCACACCGUGGGUCACACAUUUUACGACAAAACCACUCAACUUAUUGUUUCAGACCAUGCACAGGAACCGCAGCUUAGCAUGACUGAGAUUCCCACGGUGGGAGAGCAGAGCCGAGUGUCCUGCAAUGUGCGCCAUACAUGUAUCACCGCUCCCCCCGUCCUGACACUGAGUGGCAUAACUGGGACAGACCGCACGAUGGACCGUUUGGUAUCUGAUGGGAUUUGGGAGAGGAAAGUGGAGCGAAUCUGGACCGUCAAGGAGGAGGACCAGAGUGUGAAGUGUACCGUUCGCUUCCAUGGUGGUCAGGAAGCCGCAAGUGAGCUCAGGCUGCAUGUUGAAUGCCCUCAUGAAGCAAUCAAGAUGGUUGAGAGGCCAGGAAAUGCUACGGAGGGGGUAGCGCAGAGUGUAAUUUGUUCCGUCUCCUACAAGUGCAAGAAAAACACACCCACCAUUGUGUGGAACUACAAAGACAUGCAGAGUUCAUUUGACGACAAAAUGAUCUCCAGCGACACCUACCGCGCUGUGUCAAAUCUUACCUUUAUUGGCUCUCUUGGGGAUGAUGGUAAAUCUUUGACCUGCACUGCUAAGUUUUACAGCGGCGAGACCUCAGACUCUGCAACCAUUCAUGUAAAACAAUAUGAGAGACAAGCUGAAGAAAUAGAUCCUCACGACACAUUCCACGUUCUGGCUGCUGACGUCCCUUUCAGAUUUACCGCCCUGACUCGCUCCUGUGUGGUGAUUCCCUGCACCUUCCAAUAUCCGGAAGACACUUCUCACAUACGUGGCAUGUGGUCCAAGAAAACUGGAGGCAUUAUCUUCCAUAAAGGCCAGAGCCGUGUGCUUGACCAUUUCAAGGGCCGCACCAAAAUGUUAGGAAAUCUGAGGGAUGGGAACUGCACUUUAGAGAUUGACAACAUCAAGUCCUUUGACAACGGACCCUUCUGUUUCCAUGCAGAGAGAGAAAAUGACAAGUACAGAUUCAACAAUAGCUGCGUAUUUAUUGUCAUGAGAGCUUCCCCAGCAACACCAGUGAUGACCCCGGUGCCAGCAGAAGUUGAUGCUGGCUCAACGAUUACUGUCUCGUGCUCUGUGACGUACACGUGUUCAUCACAUCCUCCCGAGUUCUCGUGGAGCGUCUCCAGCCUCACCAGUAAGGUCACGGAUACCAGUACCGAACAGGGCAUCUGGGAGAGGAACUCCACCAUCACUUUCAUGGUUACCGGAAGAGACGGGGUCCAUACUCUAACCUGUACUGCCACCUUCUGGCGUGGGAAGCAGCAAGCCAGCUCAGUCAAGCUGAGUGUGAAGGGAUCGCUGAUGUACCAGUUCAGAAGCUCAGUCCCAGUAACCAUGCCCGUCUCAGCUCUAGUCCUGAUUGUGAUCAUCUUAGCUGCAGUGUUUGGAGUGGUCAUCUGCCGGAAAAGAAAGCGCUCUGACGACUCACUGAGACCACCUCGACCGGAGAAAAGGAGAUCAUUAUGGGACAGAUUGUCCAGGAGAUAUCCCGAAAGCAGCGAGAGACCUCCGAGACCGGAAAAAAGGAGGUCCAUCUGGAGUCGAUUUUCCCGUAGGGAGGAGGAUGGGCGCAUCGGGUGGCAAAACACCAGGAGGUCGAUCUGGAACAGAUUCUCAAGACGUCAAGACAACACUGUAAACCUCAGUGUUGGCUAUGUGAGACACGCUGAAAACUGCCACCUUCAAACCUCCAAACCAGCCUUACCAUCUCCAAAGGAAAACUGGAAACCUCCCCGCCCUGCCAAGCCUAAGGACGGCGUGUAUGGCAACAUUUGAGUUCUUCAAUAUACCUUAGAAACAUCAUACGCUCCAAGGACCAUGUUGCUGUGAUCAUUUUACACACAUUCUUUACAAUACUUGUUUGAUUGUUUGUUUGUUAGUCUUGCAUUGGAACUAAAUGUUUUCUACCAUUAAAGAAUAUAUAUAUAUAUAUAUAUAUAUGUAUGUAUGUAUGUAUACAUCAGCUGUCAUGUACCUGAAUGUGCGCACCUGUUAAAUACACAUCUUAAUACCGAAACUUUUUCACCUGAGUG